UGGAGUGUAGGAGUGGCUCUUGGUUUGCACUUGGGUGGUACCUUUCUCUCUACUACUUGUGUUGUGUUGUGUUGUGUGUGUGGGGGUUCAGUUCAGCCUUUGAUUCCGAUGGAUCUUCACGGAAACCCCCACAAUUCUGGGAUGAAGAAACGAAAGCCGGAGCAGGAUUCUUUGAUCAGUGAUCAUGGAAAUUCUGUGAGUGUGGGAGAGUCAUCUGGGAGUGGUGAUCUCUGCAAGAGUUCUACCUCAGGAUCACUGAAUUCAAACAAUCAAAAUGGUUCCAAUUCUGAUAUUUCAUGUCAUGAUGAUGAGGAUAUGAUUGAUGAUGAUGCAGAUAUGAUUGACGAUGACGGAGAUGAAGAUGCUGAUUAUGCUUUUGAUUACAAUGAUGAUGAUAUCUAUGAAGAUGAUUAUUCAAGUAUGCAGGACCAAUUUGACAAUGUGGAUUUGCCCCCUGGGGUGGAGGCAUCACUGCCUUGGUUGAAGGACAUUUCUUCUAGUGAAUGCAAGCAGGCUAUUGCUUUUUCCCGUACAGAAUCUAGUUCCAAGGCAAAAGUGGAUGAAACUGAUGAUAUAGUCAUGCAAAAGUUUCAACAAUUUAAGCAAUUUGAUACUGUUGACUCUUUUCCUGAUCAUCACUAUGAUAAAGAGGGAACUAAAGAUGCACAGAAGCCUAAAAAUUGGGCCAAAAAGAUCCAGGAGGAAUGGAAAAUUUUAGAGGAAAAUCUGCCAGAGACAAUCUUUGUGAGAGUUUGUGAAUCAAGGAUGGAGCUUCUAAGGGCUGUUAUCAUUGGACCUCAAGGCACCCCAUACCAUGAUGGUCUUUUCUUUUUCGAUUGCCUCUUUCCUUCUACCUACCCUGCAGGUCCACCGAAAGUUCACUACCACUCAGGUGGCCUGAGGCUAAAUCCAAAUUUAUAUCAAUGUGGAAAAGUCUGCCUUAGUCUUUUGGGCACUUGGCAUGGUAGAAAUAGUGAAAACUGGAUUCCAGAAAAAUCAACCAUGCUACAAGUGUUGGUUUCAAUACAAGCUCUAAUUCUAAAUGAGAAGCCUUUUUUCAAUGAGCCUGGAUAUCCAUCAACAUAUCCUGGUUCUGAGGGGCAAAGAAGAUCUAAGGAAUACAAUGAGAGUACAUUUAUUUUAUCCUUGAAGACAAUGAUGUAUACUCUGCGUAAACCCCCAAAGCACUUUGAGGAGUUGGUUGCGGGACAUUUCCGUACCCGAGCAUUUGAAAUACUGAGAGCUUGUAAAUCAUACACGGAGGGGGCUCCGGUUGGGUCAGUUGUACAUAAUCUAGCUCCAAGUAGUGGCAAUAGUUCUACGGCUAACGCCCAGAAAGAAUUCGAGUCAGCUGUGAGUAGGAUGAUGAAUACUCUGAUUGCUUUUUUCACCAAGAAUGGCUCCACAGAUUGUGAUGAGUUUCGAUCUCCUGAGAUUUAUAGUUUGUCUGCUGUGGCUACUUCAAACUUAGAGAUUUACAAGAUAGAGUCUGGUACAACAACAACAACAACAUUGACCCAGGUGUGAAGGUCCUAGUUUGUUUAUGCUGAUGAUGAGAACAUUGUAGUGGGUGGUAUAUUUUUCUUAUACUUUUUUGUGGUGAUUUUUAUGUCCCACAUGACAUGACAACCCUCGUUGCUGAUUAUAUAACCCCUAGUUGAAAGAUUUACAUGCUAGUUCUAGCUCCUCGAAAGAUGGUUACUGACUUCCUAUAAUUUGCAUGUUUCUUUAAUAAAAUGUUAAUAGUUUUAUGAGAUCAUAUUAUCAUGUAGAUGCUAGUUUUCCCAAAAUAUCAUUUUCCGUUGGACAUCACAGAAAACUUCCUCUGUAAAGCAUUGGAUGAUAUAUUUAGUUCUUUGAUGAAAUGUAUGUAAAUAUACUAUUUCUGCA